UUCGCUGCGAUCGUACCGAAUCGUGUGGUGUGUUGUGUGAAAAAAUGCCGUCACUGAAAGUGCUACCGACCGACUCCGACGAAAGCAUUGUGAUAUCGGGAAUCUCCGGACGGUUUCCCCAAACGGACAACCUGCGCGAUUUCGCCCGUAAUCUGUUCGAAAAGCGAGAUCUGGUGGAUGACUCGGAGAUACGGUUUAAGUAUGUACCGGGCAUACCGAAGCGGGCGGGUAAAGUUAACAAUUUGUCCAAGUUCGAUGGGCAGUUUUUCGGGUACGAUCGACGGCGAUGUCACACGAUGGAUCCGCAACAGCGGAUGCUGCUCGAACAUACGUACGAAGCGAUACUAGAUGCCGGCGUUAAUCCGGAGAGUAUGCGUGGUUCGCGAACCGGUGUCUUCUGUGGGUUAUGCUUCUCGGAGACCGAAGUUCGGAUGUAUUACAUGGCAUGUCCACCGGAUGGGCUUGGGGUGUUAGGGUGUGCCAAAUCCCAGCUUGCGAAUCGAAUAUCCUACUCGAUGGAUUUCCGAGGACCGUCCUUGGUAAUGGAUACGGCAUGUAGCAGUUCGAUGUAUGCCCUGGAUGUUGCGUACCGAAGUAUUCGGAAUGGGGUCUGUGAUGCGGCCAUCGUCAUGGGAAGUAACCUUACGCUCCAUCCGUACAUCACGUAUCAAUUUGCGUUGCUGGGGGUGUUGGCGAAGGAUGGUUACUGCAGACCAUUCGACAAAAACGGUUCCGGUUAUACGCGAUCGGAGGCAGUUUGUUCUGUGUUUCUGCAGAAAGCUAAGGACGCUAAACGCAUCUACGCACAUUUGGUGCACUCGAAAACCAACUGUGAUGGGUUCAAAUCCGAAGGGAUCACCUAUCCGUCGAGGAUCAUGCAACAACAAUUGCUAACCGAGUUCUACAGUGAGGUGGGUAUAAAACCGACGGAAAUUAACUAUGUGGAAGCUCACAGCACCGGUACGAUGGUCGGUGAUCCGGAAGAGUGCGAUGCACUGGACAAGGUUUACUGCACCGGACGGAAGGAACCGCUGCUGGUGGGUUCGGUGAAAUCGAGCAUCGGGCACUCGGAAGCGGCCGCCGGAGUUUGCUCGAUCUCCAAGUGUAUCAUUGCGAUGGAGACGGGUUUCAUUCCGCCCAAUAUCAACUUUCAGGAAAAUAAACCAUCGAUCGCUCCGUUGGUGGAAGGUAGGCUGAAAGUGGUAAAUGAAGUGACUCCGUUAUCUGGUUCUUACAUUGGCAUCAAUUCGUUUGGGUUCGGUGGAGCGAAUUCGCAUGCUUUGCUGUUACGAAACCAGAAGGAGAAGAAACAGCAUGGGCUACCCGUGGACGACCUUCCGAGGUUGGUGGUUUGGUCGGGACGAACCAAGGAAGCGUUGGAAGUAAUGAUUCGAGAUAUUGAAGAGCGUCCUCUGGACACCGAGUUUAUUGCUUUGUUGUACAACAUCCAAGAACAAUCGAUUCCUGGCCAUCGCUAUCGAGGUUAUGGCAUUUACCGGAAAAAUGGCGAUAAGCCUGCCUUUCGGCUGGAGAUGAACAUCUCUCGGAUUCCACUGGAGUCGCUACCGUUGGCAGCGGUGUUCGGAGGGAUAAAUUCACGAUGGCGACUGGAGCUUGGCGAGUUGAGAAAAUUCGCUCAAGUUGAGGAAACAUUAGCCAAAUGUUGUAAUAUUUUAAAAGCGUUAAAAUUUGACUUGUUCAGGAAAUGCUCCGGACGAGAACCGUUGUUGAAUUCGAUGGUUGGAACGGUUGUGCUUCAGCUAACAGUCGUUGAACUGCUAACCUCCAUUGGAGUGGAGUUUGAUUCGUAUGGAGGACACUCCAUCGGCCAGUUUACGUGCGCUUACUUGGACGGCAGUCUCAGCGUGGAACAGGUUGUCCAGCUUGCUUUCUGGCAUGGUCUGGUGUACACGGAAGCGAAAGCGAUCGACGAAUACAGCGCCUUCGUGAAAUUGAACUCUAAAUCAGAUCGUUUACCUCUGAAGGAGGUCAUAGAGAAUGAUUCGUCCAGCUUUGGUAUCUUCGUUGGUUCAAGGCAGAGUACGCUUGAAGGAAUUGGACAACUCAAAUCGUCCGGUUAUGUAGCAGAAGUGCUAGACUACGUAAGCCUUACGUGUGAAUCUUCCAGGGAAGAAAUACUCGGUGACAAACUGAGCCAUGCGUUGAAAACUGUACUACCAAAGAUGGUUGCUUCGACUUCGAAAUGGUUCAACGCUGAACUGACGCAAACAUCAUCCCUGUUCCACUCGAUGAAGUUGCAUAGUUCAGAUUCCAUCGUUAACCUGCUGGAUCGGAUACCCAGGAACGCUCACAUUUUGGAAAUCGGUAGUGGCCAAUCAUGUAGUAAGGUGCUUAAGAUAUUGCAUUUCAACCCCAACGGUUCGUCACUUGCUCCGAACUCCUCCGAUAGCGUCACUGGGCUGCUUAGUAAAAUUGGCCACUUGUAUCUCACCAAUAAGAACCUUCGGAUAUUCGAACUCUAUCCAGCAGUUCAGUUUCCAGUUUCGCGUGGAACGGCCAUGAUCGCACCACUGAUCCGCUGGGAUCACCGCGAGGAUUCCUAUGUCGUCCGCUAUGGUUGGGACUUGACUGUCAAGACCAAUAUGAUGCAUUUUAAAAUUUCGUUAACCAGCGAAGACAACAAGUACGUUCUGGGUCACUGUAUCGAUGGGCGUGUCUUGUUUCCGGCUACCGGAUAUCUGCAGUUGGUGUGGAACCUGUUGGCAUAUCUCGCCCACUGUGAGUUGUUUCACUUUGCGAUUGAGUUUGAGGAUGUGCAGUUUCUGCGAGCCACCACGAUCACCAAAGGGCAGACGGUCAAUCUGAUCGUGAUGUAUCAGAGCGCAUCGGGAUUUUUCGAGAUAUUGGAAGGAAACACUGCGGUAGUGAUCGGAUAUACGCGAGUUUUGGAUCCGUCAGCCAAGGAAUCGAUCAUGGAAAUGAAAUCUUCGGCCAAACUACUGCAGACCAGAGAUUUCUACAAAGAGCUUCGCCUUCGGGGUUAUCACUACGCGGAAAUGUUCCGAUCGGUCCUAGAAACCAAGAUCGAUGGAUCCGAGGCUAAAAUUGAGUGGAAGGGAAACUGGGUGGCUUUGAUGGAUUGCAUGCUACAGAUCGGCAUCGUUGCCGUAGACUCUCGCUCAUUGAUGGUACCGACGGCUAUCGAGAAGGCUUCAAUUUCUCCCUUAGAUCAUUUGAAGGCUCUGAAGAAAGACGACCAAGGGCGGGAGUACUGCGAGGUGAGAUGUUGUAGGGCGACCAACGUUUCGAUUUGUGGCGGAAUUGUUAUUGCGAAUCCCCGUGUGAGCACAAUCGGACGCAGGAACCCUCCCGGUGUGCCGAUAUUGGAAGCGUAUAAAUUUAUCCCGUAUCGAUCCGAUCAGCAGGUGUCUACCUUGGAAGCUAUCAGGAUGUGUGUUCAAUUGGCUCUGGAAAAUGUACCGACGCUGUCGGUAGCGGUAACUGAGGUUCACAAUAGCAAACUUCCGAUCGUUAGUGACAUGUUCGGAAUGGCUAUUGCCGAUCUUCCGUUGGUACAAGCCAAUCUGACUUUAUUAACUGCUAAGCAUCAAGAGGUCGGUACGGUCGUGCUGAAAAACGAGAAAAUUGCCGAUCAAACGAACUGUCUGUUUUUGAUCGCGGACAACAGGUUGAAUGAUGUGAACUUCCUAAAGGACGCAAAGUCCUGUCUAGUGGACGGUGGGUUUCUUCUGAUACGUGAGGCGCCCAACUUUGACCAAGACAGUUUUAAUCCACCGAACGAUUUCAAUCUGAUCGCUUCGUUCUACGUAGACCAGGAGGAAACAUUCCUACUUCUUCAGAGCAAAAAUCAACGGAAGUUCAACGAAACACCCACAGUAAUAGAAGUACAAACGAACGAUUUCAACUGGUUGGCAGAAUUGAAGAGAUCGUGCAAGUUUGGACCGGUGAUUUUGUACUCCCAGAAUGAUUCAAUAUCGGGCAUCGUUGGACUUGUCAACUGCAUACGGAAAGAACCCAAACUUCAAAAUGUUUGUUGUGUUUUCAUAGAUGAUCCGGUAGCGCCACCAUUCGCUCUGAACGAUCGCUUCUACCAGAGCCAGCUGAGCUUGGGUCUUGCAGUGAACGUGUUCAAAAAUGGGAAGUGGGGCUCUUACCGUCAUGAACUAUUGCCGCAGGUUCGGAAAACUGAACCUGUUAGGAACCAUUGCUAUGCGAACAGUUUGACCAGAGGCGAUAUAUCGUCAAUGAUGUGGUUCACGGGGCCGUUGAAUGAGUGUUCCGUCGUACCGAACCGGAUUCGUGUGGUGUACAGUGCGUUGAAUUUCCGGGACGUGAUGGUCGCCACGGGCAGACUGUCGUCGGAUGUUCUCAAUUCCGACCGAUUGGAUGAAGAAUGCGAUAUUGGCUUUGAGUUCGUUGGGGUUACCGAGGACGGUAAACGUGUGAUGGGAGUCAUUUCCAGUGGUGGUAUGGCCACAAUGGUAAACGCGGAUCCAUUGUUAACUUGGCCAGUGCCGGAUCACUGGUCGUUGGAGGAAGCCUGUACGGUUCCGGUUGUGUAUGGAACGGUUUGUAUUGCAUUCUAUAUGUGCACACACAUUCAGAAGGGUAAAUCGAUUUUGAUCCACGCUGGCAGCGGAGGUGUUGGACAAGCCGCCAUCCACGUAGCUCUCGCUGAAGGUUUGGAUGUGUUCACCACGGUGAGUACGAAGGAGAAGCGAGAAUUUCUGCUGGAACAGUUCCCUGGGUUGAAGCAGGAGAAUAUUGGCAACUCCCGUGAUAUUUCCUUCGAGCAGAUGAUCAAGCUCAGAACCAACGGGAAAGGCGUGGACUACGUGCUGAAUUCGUUGGCCGAGGAGAAACUGCAGGCCUCGGUUCGUUGUCUACGGCAGGGUGGCCAUUUCCUGGAAAUAGGAAAGUACGACAUGGCAAGGAACUCCAAGAUAGCGAUGAGUCUCAUGCAGAAAGGGUUAACCUUCACCAGUGUAAUGCUUGAUCUGAUGUUCAAAGAGUCUCGCGAGAAAAAAAUGCAAUUCUGUCAAGUAAUGAACCGUUUCAUGAGCUCCGGUAUGGCCAAACCGUUGAACAGAACCGUUUUCGAGGCUGUUGAAGUGGAACAGGCAAUGCGAUUCCUGGCCGGUGGAAAACACAUCGGGAAGGUUUUACUAAAAAUACGACGGAAUGAAACCGACCUGGACACGAUGCCGAUUCAGUAUGUUCCAAGGGUUUACUGCAACUCUGACCACGUGUAUGUAGUCAUUGGGGGACUGGGAGGAUUCGGAUUGGAACUAGCUGACUGGCUGAUUUUGAGAGGUUGUCGCAGGAUCGUACUCAGCUCUAGCAGAGGAAUCACCAAAUCUUAUCAGGACUAUAGAAUUCAGAUCUGGAAAAGUUACGGCGUUCAAGUUCUAGUGUGCACCGCUGACAUUACUACUAUGGAAGGCUGCCGGACGCUUCUGCAGGAGGCUUCCGAACUUGGCACCGUAGCGGCCAUAUACAAUCUGGCAGUUCGAUUAAGGGAUGCAAUACUAGACAAUCAGACGGCGCAGAUGUUCGGUGAAUGUCUUGCCCCGAAGGCGAUUGCUACCACGCAUUUGGAUGUGGUCAGUAGGGAGCUGUGUCCCCAACUGAAGCAGUUUGUAGUGUUCUCCAGUGUUUCCUGUGGUAGAGGCAAUGCCGGACAGAGCAACUAUGGCAUGGCGAACUCUGUCAUGGAGCGAAUAAUCGAACGACGAUACGAGCAGGGUCUGCCGGCAAAGGCAAUUCAGUGGGGAGCCAUCGGAGAGGUUGGUCUAGUUGCCGACAUGGCAGAGGACAAGCUGGACAUGGAGAUUGGGGGAACACUACAGCAGAGAAUCGCAUCCUGUCUGCAUGAGCUAGAUCCCUUGCUGACAUGCGAGCAACCGAUCGUGGCAAGUAUGGUUGUAGCGGAGAAACGGUCCGGAGCAGGUUCGAAGAAUAUUAUCGAGGCUGUGAUGAACAUAAUGAGCAUUCGAGAAUUGAAAUCCAUCUCGAUGGAGAGUACCUUGGCGGAUGUGGGAAUGGAUUCGUUGAUGGCUGUGGAAAUCAGGCAGGUGCUGGAGAGAGACUUCGAACUGGUGCUGUCUCCACAAGAACUGAGGACGUUGACCCUUUCGAAGUUGUUGAAACUGGAUGAAGAAAAGAAACAAAACGAUUCCGAAAAGGACAGCAAGGUGAAGAGCAAUGCGGAACUCGUCAAUAUGCAUAUGAUACUACGGAAUUUGGGUAACGAAGCAAACAGUGACAAGACAAUCCUGCGGUUGUCGUCCAAAACCGAAGAAUGUCCAAUUUUGAUUAUUCCGGGACUGGAGGGAGUUGCCGGUAAUAUAUGGAGCACGAUCGCCGAUAGACUCGUUCGGUCGACAUUCAUCCUACAAUUGAUGGGCACGGUGGACUGUGAAAGUGUCCCGGCCAUUGUCGAUUGUGUGUUCGACGACGUGUGCAAAGUGUUCCACGGGUACGAAAGUUAUACAAUUGUGGCCUAUUCAUAUGGAUCAUUAUUAUCGACGGAGAUCGCCAAACGCCUGCAAGCAAAGGGUAUGAGCGGAAAGCUUCUUCUGGUGGACGGAGCUCCAAAAUUUAUGAAACAACUAGCCCUACAGCAACUGGGCGAUGAUUCGGAAGAGUUCAAGAGAAGAUUCCUAUUCAUUUUGAUUUCGUUUGUGAUUCCGAAUCAACCGACUGAGAGAAUACUGCCGAUAGUGCAGGCUCCCUCGUUUGACGAUGGCAUCGAGAAACUGGUCGAACUGUCCAAGGAGAGAAAUCUGUACUCGGCGAACUACAUCCGUAGGAUAGCGAAGGCAGUGCUGCAGAGGAUACGAAUGACCGCACAGAUCUGUGUGGAAGAGGAUCAGUCGCUGGAUUUGCCGAUAACCUUGGUUCGACCGACGGAGGUAACCGUCGCGAACAGCGAUAGCGAUUACGGGCUGUCCAAGUGUACGACCGGACCGGUAAUUUUGCAUACAAUUGAGGGCAGCCACACCACGAUGCUGGACAAUCCGGCUCUCGUGGAUAUUAUAAAUAACUUCAUACAGUAACCGAAGCGGUGUAUUUUCUGUACAAGUGAUUCCGCAUAGCAUCAAUAAACGUAAGUGAAAUGCA